AUGUCUUCAUCACAUCAUCAUGUAUCUUCGUCUAUUUUUUCAGAACCAAAAGUUGUCGAAAAAUCUACAACAGUUACAAGUAGUAAAGCAGAUGUUGGUAAUAUACGUGCAAAAUUUGAAAAUAUGAGAAAAGAAAAAGAAUCAGAAACUGCAAAACAUAUUGCUGAGGUAAGACAAACUCGAGCUGCUACUGAUAAACAACAACAGCAACAGAAACAACAAUCGAAUAACGAUGAUCAAGAAAAACUAAAACAACAAGAAACAGUUUUAACAACGAAAGAAACUAUUCGAGAACCAUCACCAACUCGACCAAAGACACCAACAGAAUCUGAAGUACCGCCUCCAAAUCAGGAUGAAAAUGAUGAUAAUAAAAUUGAAACUGUGACAUCAACAAUAAAUGAAGAGAACAAUGAAAAAACAGAUAAAUUUGUUGGUGGUGUUAAUGUGACGUCGUUAUUACGUCAACGCAAAACUUCAUCUUCGUCAUCAAAGAAGGAUGAUGAAGCUGAAGAUGAAUGGGCUGUUGAUAAAGAUGAAACUAAUCAACAAUUAAAUGAAAAGACAAGUCCAUCGGCAGCAUCAACUGACGAAGGAAGUGAGUAA